GUAUUAUGACGUUUGUAAUACGUAUUCGCGUUUAGCCUCAGAUGCCGUUGAAAUUAAAUUUUAAGCGCACACAUAGAUAUAACGUCGCAGCUAAAGACCUGCAUGUUAUAAGAAUAUAUACACUUGACAACACAUGCGUUGAGUACACUGUAUCUUCAAGCACUACUGGUCGAGAUGCUUUAGAAUAUGUUGCUCAGAGACUAGAUAUAGAAGAUAUUUACUUUUUUGGAUUCACUUAUGAAGACUGGGCAGGAGAACAAAAGUGUUUGUUUCUUAAUAAGUCGAUUAAAAAGCAACUGGACAAAUAUGCCCGUCAACAUGCAUUAACUCUCACUGUCAUGCUUUUUAUUGAUAAUCCACAGUUUGUGCCUGAUCCACAGAUAAGGUGAGAAGUCCUUGUUAUAUUUUAUGAAAAGACGCUGGUUUUACCUUCAGCUCAGGAGGAAUGUUGCAAUGGGUCUUCUUCCUGUUACGUUAAAAUUAGCAAUAAAACUUCAAGCAUAUAGCCUUCAAGCUGAGUUUGGAGAUUUUGUGGACAUUGAAACUACACUUUCAAACUGGAGAGAAAGAAACUUACACUCAGAAAUUUCUGUUGUUGGUGCCUUUGAUUUGUCAACAACGGAAUAUGUUGACGACAUAGUUUGGGGCUAUUCUCAUCUACAAGGAGUUUCUCAAGACAAUGCAAUAUGGUAUUUUCUAGAUGAAAUCAGACAUAAUCCUCUCUAUGGUGUUCGAACAUUUACUGGUAUGACAUGUAGUAAUGAAGUUGCGGAACUUGGCGUUUCACGUAAUGGUAUUAAUAUUACAACGUUUGAGCCUCAAAGACAAACAAUCGCUAACUUAAAAUGGGAACAUAUUAAAGACCUUACGUAUGCUCGUAAAACAUUUACUAUUCAACUGUUAAAAAGGGGAAAGUCCGUUCAUUUCAUAUUUGAGGAUUAUGAAAGUGCGCGUUAUCUAUGGCAGUUUUGUAUUCAGAUGCACAGUAGUUAUAUUGAUUAUUGGACACAUGUAAAAUCGGUCCCACCACAACCCGCAGUUCAUAUCUCGGAACCUCCAGAUAUACUAAGAGGUACAGAACUACGCUGUACUUAUUCUGGUUCACCGGUAUUAAAUGAUUUUGCUGCAGAUUUAUCGACCUCUCAACAACCAAGUCAGCAAUACACUAAGUAUGAUGUCGAACCAGUCAAUGAUGAAUCGCAAAGAAUACAACCAAAUAAUGCGGAUCCACAACACUCAGGUGGAUUAAUUAAUCCUUGCAAAUUAAUGGAUCCGUUUAAAAUUGAGUCGAAUACUUCAGCCCUGACUAGUGAUAACAAAACUUUCAGGAUUAAUCCUUCUCCAAGAAGGCCUAGUGAAGCUACUUGCAUGGUUUCAUGUAAUUCAAACUUUAUCCAGAAUACUUUUGUUAAUAAAAUGACGACUACAAACGUAGAUCUUAAAGAACAAGUUGCAGAUAGUGAGUCCGGAACUCUUGUUGGUCACUGGAGUCUUAAAAGCGGUGCUGGAACUUUAGAUUCCCAACUUUUAAACAAAGGCUGUGUGACAUGUCUUCCUGGACGUGAAUGUCUAAAGCCAACUGGAUGGUUCCUUUCCAAAAGUGGAGGGGCAAACACAACUUCUGCAGUGUCAAAAGAAUCAAAGAUCACCUUCAGUGAUCCACCGUCUUCUAAAACUGGUGGUUCUUUGGCACCUCUUACCAAUAAAGAAAUGCAGAUUAACCAUGAAGAUUCUUCUUUUGUCCAAAAUAAACAACACAACACAAGUGAAAUAACUGAAGAACAUAAAAUUACUAAGAGUCAUCGUUCACAUAAACAUCGUCAAACAAAACGUCAUCAUCAAGAACAAAUCAAACCAAACAUAACUAUUACAAGUGAGAUGACGAACAGACAUGAGAAUACAAACUGCUGUGAACCUCUUAGCCCACUUCACUUAUCAGCAGUGGACGUCGUGUUAAGUAAAAAGGAAGUAUGUCCUGAACAAUCAUCUCCUUCAUCUCUAGCCUCUUCUGAUAGCUCUUCGGAACAUGUGUUAGUUUCCCCAAGAGCAUCAUUUUCCUCUUCCUCGUCAAGUUGUACAGCUAGCAUUAAGAAAAUUGAUCUUGUUCAUGCUGCACAACAUCAAUCAUGCAGUUCAUCAACUUCAAGUAGUUCAAGCAAUUCUAUCACGCAAGCUGAUUUCGAAGCAAACGAAGCUAGAAAAACAUCAUUUGGUUUCGCAGCCUCUCUAUGUACUUCUGCUAACAACGUUACGUUUAAAAGUCCAUCAAAGUCAAAUACACGUGGAUUAAGUUCAAGUUCAGGUCCUACAUUCCCAAGUGGUCGAAAAUUAUGGCAUGAGUUAAUUCAUUCAAAUAGUGGUGGAAUUCUACCAUUACUGAGUGGAUUAAGCCAACGACAUUACAGACCUCAAUCUCAAAUGAAACGGUUUCAAGCCUCAACUUCAAUAGCUCUGGAAGCCAAUGUUCAGAAGCCCGAUUUCGAAGCUAUAACUACUAGAUAUAUUCAAAACCGUCAUAAUUCUAAAAAAACUGUUGAUGGAUUAUCAACACAUAUACAUAAAUCAAGUACACAGUUAAGUUCAUCAAAUAAUCCGCUUCAGGAGUUUCAACGUUGGUUUUCAUCAGCCAAAAAUCUCAUUCCAUUUGGAUGGACAAGCAAUGCUACUAGUCGAGGAACUUCAAUGAAUAUUUCCGCUCCUCUUCCUUAUCAAACAUCCGAAAAUUGCUGUGAAAGCCACGUCACUAGAUCUGAAAAGGAACAAUGCUUAGAUGUUACGUCUAAUUCUGUAUCAUCCACAGCACAUCAAAAUAUAAAUAACCAGUCAACAUCGAAGACUGGACGUCUUGAACGAUCUGCUAGUGAAUCUUAUUCACGUUCACUCAGUUCCAGCUUAAAUAACUCGAGGACUAUUGUUCUGGUGAAUUUAGAGCAAUCUGGCAUGGAUGAUACAAAUUCACAAAAACUGAAAUCUUCAACAAAGGAUUCAAAGAGUACAACUGUAAAUGAGACGAAGAUAUUGACACCAACAAUUCAUUUACUACCACCCAGUCCUACAAGACCAUCUUUUAAGAUUAGCGGCAGUAAACAAAUAAAUGUUGUUAAAGGUGAUUUACAUGAUAGUAAUGUUCUUUUAACAUCAUGUUCUAAUUUUAAUUCAAAUUCAGAAUCAAAUAACAGUGAAAAGAAACAUCCUGAAGAUAAUGAGACAUACAAUAAGUCUAACGCGAAUAAAGUUAAUUUGGUUUCUGAACCAAAAAAUAAUUUUUUGUCCAACUUACAAUCGAGGAAUUUUACGAGGCCAUUAAAUCAGUCAACUCAACAAGAACAGGGGAACUUUCGUACUUCUUCCUCUUCAUCCUGGCGGUUAUUUCCAUGUCCCCUUACACUAAACGAAGCUAAUCGUUUGGCUGUCACCCCACCAAGAAAGUUUGUUAAUUCCGUAUCAGAUAACUUUUGCUCAUCACCUACCGAAUUCCAUCCUAAUAGACCAAUGUAUAACGUGUCAGGAUAUCAACACUCAAACUUCGAUCACGGUCCACGCGUUAAUCUUGAUAUGUCUCAUACAACAAUUACUGAAGCUACAUUUAGAGAAGAGAUGGAUGGAAAGCGUCAGAUCAUAAAAAAUACCUUGAAUGAUAGUUUUUGCCAGAGACACUUUUCCACAACACCAACUACACCAGUCAGUCGACCUAAUCUCUUAUGGAAGGAAGUAUCUGAUCAAUCAUGCGAUCAUGGAAGUUCUCGAGAAAUACCUCACUCAUUACGUCAACAAGAUGAAUGUGAUAACGAUCAACAAACUAAUGUGGAUGUGAAUGGAUCAGUAAGUAGCUCAACAAACGUUAAUAGAGAAUGCAGCUCAGUGAUUAAUACGUGGUCUUCUAAUAAUCAACUGAAAAGUAAGUCUGUGGUUGGUGAUGAAAACUAUAUACUUGAUACUAUGGAAAAUAGUCAAGAAAUCGAAAAUAAACCAUCAAGCAACACAUUGUUAACAACAUCUAGCUCAUCAGAUCAAUGUAGUAUACCACGUCCAUCAUCUGGCACCAUGCAUCUACUUACAAACUCUGACAUUCAUCAACUAUUGAGUCUAACUAAUUUGAAGGAGACUGAACUUGCUCAUCGUUUGCUUGCUGAAUAUCGUCAAGCUUUACUUCAACAACAGUGUUUGCAUACAAAUAGUGUUAGUACACCUAAUUUGAGUGCAAGUCAGGAGUUACAAGUGUUGUCUUCGUCAAAUGCAGCAGAAGAUAUAGAAGGUCAGGAAGAUCAGAUAAAUACUACAGCUCCAGAAAAAUCCAGAUACAAAACUUUUAACAAACGGUCGGAUGAGUCCAGACAAAAUUCCAAAAAGCGUCACGAAACAAAUCAUAUUUCUUCUAAUUCAAUGCGCAAUCCAUCUGAAGUAUCACACAGCAACCAAACAGCCUUGAGAUUAAAAGUUCGAUGUAAUCGUAAUAUCGAAAUUCAGUCAAUCGAUUCACCAGAUUAUGUAAAUGCAGCCGCAUUUAGAAAUGAUAGACGUCACACAAAUGAUAGACCGCUAAGUUUAGCAAGUUCAACAGAUAUUGACUCGAAUGCAACAUUUCGUGUACUGUCAAGUUUUGAAAUGCGUACAAGCAGUGGUGGUAACUAUUCCACCGGUAAUCUUAUACUUACGAAUUGUAGUGUAGGAAGUGAAGAAGCAACUAUGGGUUUAUCAGUAGAUCUAACAAAUCCUGAUAGCCAACCUGGUGUAGAAUCUAUGACAAGUCAUUCAUCUAAUAAAUCUUGGGAUCAAGAACAAAGGUCUGUAACAGAAGGAAAUCACCUUCAAGACCAUAAAGAUAACAACUCCAAUACAGAAGUUUGUCUACACGAGGAUUCAACUUGUGCAGAUACAGAAAAAUUAAAUAUUUAUGGUCAGCCUCCUGAUUUAUGCAUGACACAAAAGGGAACUUCAUUUUCAAUUAAAGAAUAUUUAAAUAAACCGCGUUCUAAAGUUCAAUGUAAUCAUCUUAACCCACAAAGACGUCAUGUUAUGGGAGAGUAUGAAAAUCUCGAAGCGAUUUCUUGUGAAAAGAACAAGAAAAAUUAUGUACCUGAUCAUCUGUGCAGAUCUACACAUGAACACCAUGAUGGUAAUCAUUGCAUAUCACACGAUUCUCAGCUACAAAGGACAUUGAGCAAAAAUGUGAUUUCAUCUUGUAACACUCCCCCAGAAUCGUUAACGACAUUGACCCGCUCAGGUGAAUCUACAUCUCCUUCACCAUCGACUUAUUCAGAAUCGUCAUCUACACUAUCUUCAUCUUCACCUUAUUCAGAUUUAGGAUGUAUCGAUUCAAUUCAAAGAGUUUCAUUACGAAAACAUUCAGCUGGCAAAACACCCUUCAACACAAGAAACGAAGUACAACAUUCUUUACCAUGGCGUCAAUUAUGCUACUUAGAAGGAGGAACAAAGUUUAAAAGAAAUCACAGAAAAGACGAGAAAUAUUACGACAUGUUUUCAACUGUUAUUACUCCUCGCUUUAAGAAACGCAUUAAAUAUUGCAAUUGUAGCUGUCAUAAAUCAGUUGAACACCUUAAAAUCACCAAACCCAACUCAUUUCGAACAGAAACCAACGAUAUGAGUCUGAUAGAUGUAUCAAAUCCUUCUGGAUAUAGACGUAUAAAACAGAAAGCCCACUCUUUUGAACCGUUUUCCAAAAUUAUUAAUGCUAAGCCAUCCGAACAUCAUUAUACUUCUGUUUGCUUUAAAGAUGUCAGUAAAGGUGUAGUUUCCAGUGAAAGUGCCUCAAGUAAUAUUCAAGAAUAUCAGCGGAAGCAUAUCAAAUCUUCAAACCGCAAAUCACAUCAUAUUAUCGCGUCAAAUAUACCAGUCAGCGUAAAUCGUAGUAAUUACCCAUCCUGUUGUUAUUGUGAACAAAUGGAUUACCAUUCACAUAAUGAUGUGAGCAAUUCUAUGAAUACAUCACCAACAGAUAGUCCUUGUCUAUCAUCUGCAUCCUCUUACUCAUUCUCUACUUCUUCCUUAGAUGUUCAACCAGUGUUUGAUUGUCCACAUCACUUUCAUAUACCCAGCUAUACAUCUGUUGUAGUAGGACAUAAAAGUGGACGUAAUCAUCGAACUGGUAGUUUAGAGCCCAGUAGCAUUAUUCAUCGAUCUAUACCGCGUAAACCAAAACCCAGAAACUUUUCUAAGUCUUCAAAGCGCCGACUCUCUGUAAGAAAAGAAUAUCAUAAUGGUAACAAUCAAAGUACAAACUCAGUUGGUUUACAUUAUUCAGAAAAUUUCAAACGUGAACAUUGCAGUUGUUGUGAAUUCCACGAGUCUCCUACAAAACGGGAUUUUUUAGAACAAUAUAACCGAAAUAACAAUAAUAGUAGUAACACUAACAGUAUUAAUAAUAAUAAGACCAUCAAUAAUAAGUCAAUGAAUCUAUUUUUUCGUUUACCGUUUACAAACGGUUAUCAUGAUAAUGAUUCAUCCAUUUAUUCACGACAUUUUGAGCAUGGUUUAAAGAAUGAUGAGAAACCGCCUAUAAUUUUAAAGCGAAAAUUUAAUGGACUAAAUAAUGGUAAUAAUAUCAAUUGUCAGCAUACACACCGAGGCGAAUAUUACUCUACAAAUCAGAAGAAUUUAACCGAUACACUAUUUAUUCAAAAAGGUAUAAGCAAUAAUGAUGAUACUGUUGCUACUACUACUACUACUACUACUACUACUACUACUACAUCUACUACUACUAUUACUAACAGCAAUAACAACAGUAAUACCUAUUCGUGUAAUUAUCAGAACAGAUCUGAACAAAACUUCGAAAAUGAAGGUUCUUUUGAACCACCGAGGCCAAAAGAUUUGAAGGUAUUUUCAAGAAAUCAAAAUUUCAGUCCUGUUGACCUCACAAAAUAUCGAUCAUCUUCCGGUAAAAGGAUUUCAUUUUUCAAAAAGAAAAUUCCAAGUGAGUCACAGAUUAUGGCACAUGAUCGACUUCAGGAAAUGAAUAAGUCCACGGAAAAAGAAGCCAUUCAGUGUAGUUGGACAGAAAAAAGAAACUUACCUACAUCAAAUGCAUCAAUCCACACACCUCUACCUUCACCUGAUUUACUUUGUAGACCUAAUGUGAAAAACAACGGUUAUGUUGUAGGAAGCCUUCGACCAUCCAAGGUAUCAGAUUACCGUCAUGAAAAUUCGGUCAAGUUAGAUGACUCUGUAUAUUCGAACAAAUUACGUUAUCAUGAGUGUUACCAAGAACAUGAAAACCAUAGAAAAAUCGGACCUAAGUUUAGUCCAGUAAGUGAACGCUGUCAAUUAGAAGAACCUCGAGAAUCGGGCCAGAACACUUUUGUCAAGCCAUAUAGAGAAUCUAUAAAGCAUUCAGCCAAAACAACAAAACAGAAAGUAUGUCCAACAAAUGACGUAUCGCCAACACCUGCAUUAGUUUACACAGCAUCUGUAGUGUUUGGUCCAAAACAACAGUCAGAUCCCAACACUAUAAACAGUAAUCACUCAUUAGUCAUUCAUGAAAAAUCAAAAGCUUAUGAGCGUCAAUCAGAACCAAGAAACAUUCCACUUAUACGCAAUGGUAAUAUGGAACCAGAUGAUUUAAAUAAAAAGAAUACUACACUUAGAAAAGGAAAUAUAUCUACAAUACCAUUGAUAGCAACAGAUCACAGUUGCAUUUAAAAUUACAUUAAAUUGAAAGAACGCAGCCAUUUAAUGUUACAUGAUUUCUAAAUAAAAUCAACAGAAUGAAACUAGUUAAUAUAUCUACCGUCAUACAAUGCAAAUGAAGUAACUUUUAAUUCUGGUAAAAUCAGUUCAAACUUUCUCUCCUUGUACACAGUUUACGUUGAACACAUGAGAAGUUUCAAGUUAUGUAUUCAUAAUUUUUGCGUUGUAUUUCUAAGUAUGGAUUCAUUUAUGAAGUGCAGGAUAAAUGAACUCAACUAUUUAUUACCAUCAAAUCUUUCAUUAAUCCAAUUUGUUAUACCGUAAAAAGAACUCAAAAAAUGUAGUCGAUCGAUUUCAUUGGUAGUUAUUUUUAAUUAUAACCAGUUAAGUGUUGAUAUCUAACUAUAUAAUUAUUUAUGAUAUUAAAUCGUGAGAUUUUUAAGAAAUUCUAGACCACAAUCUCCAGAAACGAAAGGUUAGUUUCAUAGAGGUCUACGUUGAUUUCUUCAACCAUUUACUCAAUUCAUUUGAUAAAGUUAACGAAAUUUAUUAACUUAGAAGUAUGUUAUUGUUAAUUCCGUGAGAUAGAUCUAUAUCAACUUGUAAAAUACAUAACUGAAAAAAGUAAAUAGCUUAGCAACAAUGAGUGAAAAAAGGAGACAGAACAUAUGUUGCUUUUCUCAUCAAGCUUAUUAAAGAAAGCGAUUAUGUGACUACAAUACUAAGAAAGAAACAGAUGAUAAGUUUGAUAGUAUCCGUUGUAACGUAGCACUUUAGAUAGUUCGUAAUGGGAAAUCGGUAAACUGCACCAAAAAUAACUAGAAAGGAAGACAGCGUGCAAUUGCCACACCAUUAUCUCAAACGGACUCACAUUAGAAUUAUGUUCUAUGAAUAUAAUUCAUAAGGUAGGAUCUAAUAAUCAUGAUACCAAUCUACUCUAAAUAUUUUACUCAGGUCGUAUACCUAAACCUAAAAUAUCCUUGACGAAAAUAAAAACAGCACUCGCUGUGAGUAAAUAUUAUAUUUAUUCAUAUUCAGAAUUAGAUGAGAGUGAGUUUAAUAAUUUGGCUAUCAAACAUAGUGAAAGGGCGUCUCAAGCUGUUGUUUGGAUGCUUGACCAUGUUAAUAAUUCAUAUUAAAGGAAAAAAGUCAAUAUCAGUGUUCAAUACUGAUAAAUCUUCUAAAAGAACGCUUGAAUCUGUUUUCUAAGCGCUUCUAAUAACCUCAGGCGAACUCUACACGACAACUUGUACACGAGAAAAAGGGCGCGAAAUGUGGAAAGAACGCAUUACCCAAAGGUUAGUUUAUGUACAGAAAAUUGAGGGUAUUUAUAGCAUUUCAGAUGGCCUUGGGUGUCUGGAAGGUCCUGGAUAGGUAAUCCAAUCAGAAGUAUGACACAUGACUCUUUACGUUGUAGAUGUUCCUGUGAAGCUUCAAUGCUGAUUGGAUAAAAUGUUUCCUGGCGUUUUCAGGGUCUCUCUGGAAUAUUUUCGAGGAAUAUUCUGGAUUUUUUCAAUAGAUGCCUUCUAAACUCUUUCUUUUGUGGACUUAUUGGCUAUUAAAUGAUCACUCCAUCGAUUAUAGUUUACGAAAAUAGGUUUUUAGGGAAUCCAUCAGAGCUAUUAUGCAAGAUAUGAAGAUAUUCUUCGCCUUAACUGCUAUAUCGGGGUUUUAUGCCAUUUAUUACUCAAUUCCUUACCCAUUAUAAAUUCCCACUCGAUUUACCGUAUGGUCUAGUACUAAAUACAUAUUAUCAUAUGAGUUUUGAUGAUUAAGAAUGCUAGACCGCAGAAAGAAUCUGUUUGUUAACUUCAUCUUCUUAUUGAACACUGGUUUGGAUAAAGCUCAUGAGCCAAAAGGAGUUGCUAUUUUUUAGUCAUUGUUCAGGGUCGCUAAAUUAUUGGCGAAACAGAUCAUUGGUUCGAUACACAAUAAUGCGAAAUAACUAAUAGCGGGCUUAGCGAAGAACUACUUUUUUAUCAAUUGAUGCUAACCUUAGCAAAUAAAAGAAUUUUACCAUGAUUUUCCCUAUUUAAACGGUAACAAGCCGCUAAAAAUAUCAAGAUAAAGCCAAGAGGCACUUGGUCUAUUUAGGAUAUAUGAAGUCAAUCCUGUUACGUUUGCUUAACAUGAUUAUUUUCUUUAAGAAUGGAUACCGCUGGGAUGUGAAAUUCGAAAUAUUGUGAUAAGUCUGUUUCUCAAGUUUUCGGAAUACAAAUAAUUAUGGAUAUAAAUGUAUACCGACCAAAUGAAGCAACAUGUCAUCAGCUUCGUCGGAUAUGUAUCAGAAGUCUCCAAUGAUAUUACAAUUCCCAAGUGAUCUUAUAUCUUUUUUAGAAAACAAUAUUGUCCUCUUCGUUGUUGUAAUUCAGUAUAAUGCUUCUCCGAAUCUAUUUAGUUACGUAUUAAAUAUGUCCAGUCAUUUAUUAUCAAGCGGAAUAAUGAUCUAGAUAGGAGCUUGCAUUCAGCCCAUACCUAAAGUUUUGGGUAGAGCUGAUUUUAUGGAACAAUUAUUCAGGUAUUUAACCUUAGGUACCUAUCACUAGAUUGCCUAGGCUUUCUUUUUUGUACAUAUUUAAUCUACAGUUUCUUCAAUCUAUGAAGAUAAUUUGUUAAAACAAGCAGUUUUGUAAACAGCUAAUAUUAUUACUAUCUUGACUUAUCUUAAUGGACAUUGCUAACAGAAGGCGUUCAAUCAAUCAACAUUGUCCGACCCAAUCCUAAACGCUUUUUCUCUUUUAAAAAGACAACUUCAGUGUCUCGCAUUCUCUAAUUUCAACAUAUAAUUCAAUGUACUUUUUCUUCCAAAUACCAACGGAUUCUACCGUUUUCCUUGGUAGGAAACCGAUGGAAGAUAAACAGAGAGCAGUAACGUUAGAUACUACCGUCUCAUUUUAUUCACGAAAAGUUAAUUGGUUUGCGCAAAACGCCAGGCAUCCUGUUACUUGUAUUCGUUAACAUUUUUCAGUAUUUUCCACCUAAGCAUAGAUCCGAUUCAUAAUUCUCUAUUUAUUCAAAAAUACUAUUCAGUGAAAUCAACAUAUUCUAUAAGUAUUGUCGUUCCUGCCUUGCUCAUAUUUCUGAUUGCAAACCACAAGUAAUUGUGUUUAUUAUUUGAACUGUACUCAAACACUAAGUGGACUUUGUCAUUGGAUUAGAAUGGGUCAAUGUGGUGUUUGUAUGAACUAACGAUUCCUUUGUACUUGUUGAAUGUUUGUUUCCGAAUUCCAAAUACAGUACAUUUGUUCGUGCUUAUCUAGUACUUCUUGAUUCAAUUGCGAUAUUUCUGGGAUUCCUAGUUUGUAUAAUAAUUCAAAUACUUCUAAUUAUCACAUUGGCGUCGCGAUGGUGCUUGUGAUGGGGUGGUUGGACAUACAUUCAGAUUUUGAUGCUUUUGAGGAUUAUUUGGAAACGUCUGAAAUCUGGGCCAUGACCAAGGACGAUGUAGAGGAUGUUAAAAUUGUGACACAUUUCCCCUCAUUCAUCGGAAAAGAAACAGCUUAUUAAAGGCUCUGGCUUCACCAGAGAAGUCUAUUUCGCUUCCCUAUGCAACUCUCAAGGAACUACUGCCAGACUAUGUUAAGUAUACAAAUUUCAAAUGCGGUAAACGAGGGAAAUUUCGUAAAAUGAUUUAUCAGGACAUCGAAAAUUCAACUAAAUUACUAUGUUAUCUUAGUCCAACGCGUAAUCAAGGUUAUGCAGAUAAUUCGUUUAAUACUUGCGAAGUGGUUGACGAAGAUGAGCACAAGUUUGGUUAUUUUUUGUCCUAUGGCAGGCUUCACUCAUUUAAUUCAUGUGUAUUUCUGUUAGUUUUUAAUAUUAAGGUUCAUUCUGCUUCAACUAAUGCUAAAAUUUGUAAUUGUGAUCCUAUUAAGUUGAGUGUUUCUAAUUAUCAUUAAUCUUUAUCCACUACUUCAAAAAACGGUAUUGAGUAACAGAGUUAAAUAAGACUCAGAUUCGUUGUGAGACAAAAGCUUCUAAUCGAUCGACCUCUUAUCAUAUUUCUUAUGUUAUGUACCAGAUACGAUUUAUCCUAAUGAUCCACAUAUUUUUAAUGAAGUUUCUAACAAAUCUGGGGAAAAUAUGUUGGGUGGAUCCAAUGAUGAUCGGAAACCUGAUGCAGAUUUGACAGAUGCUGAUUUUUCCAAUGAUCAAUCACUUUCCAAUGACAUUCUUAACAAAUUUGAGGGAAAUAUUUCAUAAGAAUCAAAUCCUGAUGUCAUAUUAUGUAUAUUACUUAUCCUCUUAAUGCAUUCGUUUCUUGUGGGAAACUUGUUCAAUGCGAAGCACGAGUACUAAAUGAACUCGAUCUUGAUUACAAUGCUGAAGGUUUCAUAUCAAUUGUUGUUUCUUCUUACCAUAAAGUCACUUCUAAUGAAUACUCUAGUCAGUGUGAGAAAUAUGUUUAAAAUGAAGCCACAUUAUUCAUAAAUUUCAGGGUAUGAAGAUCCAACAUUAUUUUGUGGGGGGAGGAUAAUGUUGGAAAAUCUAUGAUUCAAGUUCUAGAUAUCAGUGGUUUCAGUACACAACCAAUAUGGUAAUUGUAUACAAUUCCAGGACCCAGGUGAGUCCGUUCUAGUUGCAGUUGUUAAUCCUAAUACUAAUGAGUACAUUUUACAUUAUACAGAGUCUACAUCCAAUGCAUCGUCGAACAGACACGGGAUGAAUAUCAGGAGAGAACUUAAAUCGAUUACAGAAACUCAAACUCCAAUUUAAACUGUGGAGGAUGUGAUGUUUGUAUGAACUAAUGAUUCUUUUGUACUUGUUGAAUGCAUAUUUUCAAAUUCUAAAAACACUAUGUUCGUUCAUGCUUA